AUGGAUAAACAAUCUGCUAAAGAAAUUAUGAUUGCUAGAGAAGAAGGUAGCAUGGACAAUGAAAUAUUUGCUGAUGAAUGGAGCACCUCAAUAAAUUCUCAAGAAAUCAGUGAAAAUGAGAGACAGUGGCUAAGUUCCUUGGGUGAAAAUGAGAGACAGUGGCUAAGGUCCUUGGAGAAGAUUGGAGGGAACCCUGCCAAUGGCUCUUCACAGAAGCCAAAAAUUCAAACGGUCCCAAGAUUGGAUCCCGAGAUUCAAUCAAACGUAAGUUGUUAUGCGCCCCUUGUGGUUUCUAUCGGUCCAAUUCACCACUGGAAUUCCCAACUUCAACCAAUGGAGAAGUACAAGAAGCUACUUGCACUUGAGUUUGCUGAUCAAGAUAGUAAAAAAGAAAGACAUGAAUGGGUCUCACCAUUGCUUUCGACAGAUGCAGUGUCCAUUGACGAGCUUUACAUAAGGGUCAAGAACAUUGUGCCUGAUGUCAGGGAGUGUUAUGAGGACUUGAACAAAUACUACAGCGACGAGGAGUUUACACAGAUGAUGUUCCUGGAUGGCUGCUUCAUCCUUCAAUACUUUCACUGCAUCGUCACUGGCAAUGCUAAGGAGCUCAAAAUGAAGAGCCAUGAUAUAGCUUUCAUUCGUCGUGAUCUUUUCUUACUUGAAAAUCAGUUACCAUUUGAAGUCCUGCAAGUGUUAAUGAGCUGUAAGUUCAAGAAUAAUGUAGGAAUGGAGAUGAUUAAAACGUUCAUCUCGAGUGCACAUGAAAAGCCUCAUCAAGGUCACGGAUUCAUUCAAUGUAUCAAGGAUUUCUUUCCUGAUUUCUUUCUUACUCAGAAAGUUAUGAACUUUCUUGGAAAAAUUUGUCAAGGAGAAGGGCCUUCCCCUACCAAACAAAAAAGCGUGAAAACUCCGCUUCCUUAUCAUCUCCUCGAGCUAUUAAAAACACAUCUCAUAGACCCGAAGGCUUUCUCAAAAGAUGGAUGCUAUCUAAGGGGUGAGUUGUGCUCGUAUCGUUCAGCCAUAGAGCUGAAGAAAGCAGGAAUCCAUUUGAGGCGGGGAAAGAGUCGUCGUUUUUCAGACAUUUUGUUCAAUUCAUUUCAUUUCUCAUCGGUUUUAACACUUCCUCCAAUAACAAUAGAUGAUUCAACCAAGUCGGAGUUUUUGAACUUGGUUGCAUAUGAGGCAUUUCCUGAUACACCAGAUGACUUUGGCGUUACAUCUUAUCUUUGCUUCAUGGAUUCACUUAUUGAUAAUGUUGAAGAUGUGAAGGAGCUGAAAUCAAAAGGUAUACUUGUUAACUUUCUUCGAACUGAUCAAGAAGUAGCAGAUCUCUUCCAUGAGAUAGCAAGAGAUUUGGUGCCUAAUCCAUAUGCCUUUGUUGAUGUCAAAAAACAAAUUGAGAAUCAUUACAAGGACAAAGGAAAAAUAUGGAUUCGUGAGUUGAAUUAUGCUAUUGCAGCAAAAUUUAUCAUCAGUUUGCAAGUUGCUAGUAUUAUUCUAGCAGGCAUCCAAACCUAUUAUGCAGCUCACCAAAAAGAGAGUUAG